AUGUUAAAAGUUUACGAUUUGUGGAAUCUAGUCAAUGGUACGAGUAAGCGUCCUGCGUUCACCACUACGGUUACAGCGGCACCAACUGCAGAACAACCAGCAGAAGGUGCAGCAGCAGCAACACCAGCAGAAGAGGACAAAGAAGAAACCACAGACAACGCCGAAGAAAUCAGCGAAUGGAACAAGAAAGAUAACCUCGCCGUCGUCUUCCUUCAAUCCAACAUUGAAUUUGAAGACAGAUUGGAUCGGAAAACUGUAUCUUCCCUCCACUCGCUUCUUGCCAACGUUGUAACCCUACAGUAUACGCCUGAUAAAGGCAUCAAAGAACAUCUAAUCCAGUUCAAUACUCUUUGGUCAUCUCUCCUCACUAGAACUAGUAACUCUACGGAUAAAACCAAAGACCCACUCAGUUACCACCUUCACCAACUCGCAUCAGUCUCAGAAGGAAAGGCAUCCUUCCUACUCCUCUCACUCCGGUAUGAAUCCCUUGAAUCAGUCGUUGACAACCUGCAAACCAAGCCCGAACUCACCUCCGAUGACGUCUAUGAAAAGCUGUUGGACCUGGACUCACGACGCAACAACGAUGAACAGGCGGCUGGAGAAGCCUACAACGUCAGGCGAGGAAACCCAGGACAUGGAAGCAACAACAAUGUCGGCAAGGCGCGGAACAACAAAAAAGACAAAAAGGAUCUCACAUGCACAUGGUGCACCAAGAAUGGUGAAUAUGCAAAAGGCCACACGCACAAAGACUGCCAGAAACUCAAAGCUUUCAGAGACAAAGAGAAGUCCGCUGCAUCUGGCAACCUCAACGUCGCGUCCGGUACUGCAUUUCACACAAAACUAGAUCUCUCUUGGAUUCCUGACCUCCCUGGCCUCCCCGCACUCGAAGAAGCUGAUGUAUUUACUAUGCCGGUUUCUUUCGACUUCACAACUUUCUCAGACACCUCGAAUGAAACAAUGGAAGACUACUUUGGCUUCGUUGCAGGACCUUCCACAUCGGACAAUAAGGCAUGGAUCUUUGACCCUGGUGUAACUAACCACAUAACCGGAACUCAGGUUAUCAACCCCUCACCUUACAAUAAAACAGUCACUGUUGGCGGCGGGCGAAAGCUACAGAUAACCGGAAUUGGAAACGUCACCAUCAACGGAUCACAUGGCGCCAUUACUCUGCAGAACGUAUUUUUAAUCCCAGAACUCGGCAACACCAACCUAAUGUCUUGGUCAUGUAUUGCCAAAAAGGGAUUCACAACGACAGGGACUGAAAAUGGCUUUACCAUUUACAAACCAAACAGCAAGGAAAUCGUUGGGAUGCCUAACGGAAAUAGUACUGGUCUUUACAUCAUUGAAACCAAGAAGAACUUUGCGCACAUAUCUCCAUCGCUACCAGCUUCUAUGACUGGCACCAACGACUCGGACAUCUCCCCGCUUCCUCACUCUCCCGAUCUGAGCGGCAAGUUUUCCACUCCUUCUCUUGUCGGUUUUAGUUACUAUAUUACUUUCAUCGACGAUUAUUCCAGGUACGCUCACCUCUACUUCCUUAAAAAGAAGUCAGAUACAGCAGCUGCCACACAACGGUACAUCGCAUACAUGGAAAAUCAAUUGGACAAAACGGUUAAACGGUUUCGAAGCGAUAAUGGUGGCAAGUACAUCUCCAACGACCUCCAACAAUUCUUUGCCUCCAAAGGCAUAAAGCAUGAAUUCACUGUACCCAACAAUGGCACGAUCCACCUUGCUCGACCACGAUCUUCCACGGAAUCUAUGGGCAGAAGCGAACAACACAAUGUAAACGUCAAGAAUCGUCUCCCGCAUAAAGCACUACCGAAUAUGACACCAUAUGAAGCACUCACCGGCAAGAAACCCUUCAUUGGGCAUCUCCGAUCCUUCGGUGAAACAAUGUUCAUUCACAUACCUGUCGAAGCACGACCAGCUGGAACAAAGUUGGACGCUAGGGCAAUCACGGGACAAUUCUGUGGUUAUGGAGACUCUGAUAAGAUCUGCCGUGUUUAUAUACCAUCACAAAGGAAAGUAGUUCCCUCUCGUCAUUUUAGGUUUAAAGGUCUAUCCGUAGGGGAAGAAAUCGAAAUAAUGAAAACCGACAUACCCCCUAAACCAAAACAAAUCGAGAUCAAACAAGAACCACCCUCAAGUCCACCAACACCACCUGCGAAACUCUCAGAUUCCGAUAUCGAAGACCUGUUUAACCAACAGAUGCUUCGAGAAACUAUGGAACAAAUUUCCAACGACGAAUCUGAAGAAGAAGAAGAAGAAGAAGCCGCUCCUGAACGUACCCCAUACAAUGAUGGAACGGAAACCUCCGUCAGAUACGGAUACAACAUUCAGUAUGAUACCACCAUUACUGAACCAACAAACUAUCACCAAGCGAUCAAUAGUCCUGAUUCCGAAAAAUGGCAAAAAGCUAUGGAAGUUGAACUUGACUCACUCGCUAGGAAUAAGACAUGGAAUCUGGUUGACAUACCAGAUCACCGAAAAUUGGUCGACUGCAAAUGGGUAUAUAAAAUCAAACUCGGGCCCGAUGGCAACCCCAUUCGGUACAAAGCCCGACUUGUCGCAAAAGGCUUCUCACAGGUACCUGGUCAAGACUUUAAUCAGACUUAUGCUCCCAUCACCCGAUAUGAAUCCAUCAGACUGCUUCUUGCUCGCUGCCUUCAAACCGGCGGCCAAUGCGAUCAGAUGGACGUUACUAGUGCUUUCCUAUACGGCGAACUCCAGGAAGAAAUCUACAUGAAAUCUCCACCUGGCUACCCUACUCCCGGCAAAGCAUGCAGAUUCAUUAAAUGUAUCUACAGCCUUAAACAGUCAUCUCGGGAAUGGUAUGCUUGUCUCUCCAAAACGCUAUUUAAAAUGGGAUUCAAAAAGGCGGACUUCAACCCUUGUGUCUUUAUUCACAAAACAGGAGAAGUUGUUAUUGCCAUCUACGUGGACGAUAUCCUUAUCGUCUACUGGUCCGUUGAACGCAAAAACCGCGUCAGCCUCCAACUCCACGCAGAAUUUGAAAUGACGGAAACUGGAACAGUGCCUCGCACGAGGGCGAGGGAUGGUGCGGUGGUAGGUCCGUGGGCGGGGACAGAGGUCCAUACGAGGACGGAUGUGACAGCGGUCGGCGGGUUAACCGAGAAGAACGAGGCGAGGAACAGGAGAGCGGCGAAGACCACAGCAGCGGAUGCACAGGGCAUGAUGGACAGCAGAUGUAACGGGGACGAAGAGUAA